AUGCCGCCCGAGUUUGACUGCCAGUGUACACUGCACUGGCGAAGCACGUUCGAUAAACCUAACGCGUCAAUGCAACCUCCCGGUAAAACCUCGGCUGAGCUUACUGUAAAUGGCAAUGCGCAGGAUCCAAUAGUUGCUCCGGUCCCUCAAGACCUCGAGAAUCCCCUUCUCCUCGAGUCCCAGCGUGAACCCAUCCGGAAUCACCACCCGAUCAGGCGAAAUGACGAUCGAAUUCGCCCGCAGUACUCCCACAGCCCAACUGAUCCGUCGUUCGCGACUCUCCUGCGGAACCUCCGACGCCUUUUCGAUAUCCGGUGGUCCCGUCUUCCGGACCACAUCCCGAGGCGUCCACCAGAACAUAGGAAACUGACGCUGGAUAUUAUUGACCACCAGCGCGCAUCCCAGCAUCAGCAGCGACCCGAUGAGAACCAGCGGGACGAAGAACCAGCCCAUCGCGUCGACGGUGGAAUCGACCGCUGCCAGCAGCGCCGUGGCGCCCCCCGGCGGAUGGACGGUGUUGGUGAGCCCCAUCACCAACGACGCCACCGCGGUGCAGACUGCGCCGGCGACCCAGCGGAGAUCCUCAAAGUCGGACCGGAGCUUGAAUAG